UAGCAACCAGACGCACAGCGACAAAUCCAGGCGUUGCACCAUCAGUUUCGCUGGUGCAGCGAGUACAGCAUCGCCUGUCUGGAAAUCUCUUGCUGCUACGUCACCAGCAUGGCCGCCACGUGUUCGGCUUUUUCAGCAGUCAUCCACACGCCAGCUUCACUUCGCGGCGAGGCGCGAUUCGACGCAUUCCGCUCAUCCCUUAACGUCUCCUUUCCGCGGGAGAGCCUCGGUGGUCGAAGACUUGACCAGCUGCACGCGGCGCCGUGCCAUUUGAGGAACGCGCAACGGGGAUGCUUACAUCGAAUCCGUGCCGCGGCGAGCCCGAGCUCGUCCGCGUCCGCCUCCCCGUCGGAUCCCGGACACUCCUCAUCUCCCACUCUUCCCGAGCCGCUCAUUCCUCUCGGCCAAUCAGAGCUGCGCGUUUCGCCGCUGGGAAUCGGUACGCUCCAAUGGGGCGACCCGCGGUCUGGAUUCGGUGAACAGUAUUCCGCUGCUGACGUGGCAGAUGCUUUUCGGACAGCGCUGGCGGGCGGCAUCAACCUGUUUGAUUCUGCUGAGGUCUACGGCUACCAGAGCAUCCCCACAGGAAACUCGUCCGAGCAGCUUCUGGGAAGGUUCGUGGCGGAGGAGAGGGAGAGGAGGCUGAGGGAGGGCAGCAGCAGCACGGCAGCGCUGCAGCCCGUGGUGGCGUCCAAGUUCUUCACCAUCCCGUGGACCAACCUGCUCGUGGGUGGCGGGCUGCGAUUCGGCGGCCAGUCUCUCAUCGAUGCGCUUAAAGCCAGCCUGCAGCGACUGGGCAUGGAGAGAGUGGAUCUGUACCAGAUCCACUUCCCCUUCCCCACGAUCUCCAAUGCCACUCUCAUGGAUGCACUCAAGCACGCGCAUGCAGAGGGGCUGGCCACUGCUGUUGGCGUGUCCAACUACAACACCCAGCAGCUGCAGGAGGCCCACACCCUCCUAAAAGCAGCUGGCAUCCCUCUUGCCUCAAACCAAGUUAAAUUCAACCUACUAGACAGAAGCACAGAGACUAACGGUCUCCUCCAGGCGUGCAAGGAUCUUCAAGUGUCGCUCAUAGCCUACUCGCCCCUGGCGUCCGGCCUGCUCACUGGCAAGGCUCUAGCACGCACAGACAAGGACGCUGUGAGGGUGCGCCCAUUGCUGCAACUGAUGAAGGCGAUUGGAGAGGAGUGUGGCGGCAAGAGCGUCUCUCAAGUGGCUCUCAACUACAUCAUGUGCAAGGGAGCCAUACCCAUCCCAGGUUGCAAGACUGCAUCACACGCCACAAGCCACCUAGGCAGCAUGGGCUGGCGCCUUACACCUGAGCACGUGGUGGCACUGGAAGAGAAGGCUCAACAAGUGAGGUGACUCCUGAAUCGGGGUCUUCUGUCAUGCAAAAUUUUAUUAACAUCAGUAUAAUAAAGGGCUUAGCUUGGGUGCCCGAAGUGGUUAAAUCCAAACUUUCAGAGAAUCCAUUAGAUUGUGAAAGCUUGCUUGGGUCACCUUGGCAAAGGCAGCGUGCUUCAUUUCAUAUGGGUCUUCUGAGGCAUGUGAAGCAGGGGCUGGCGGUGUCGCUCGAUGGAGAGCUGGUGAUGUCUGGGCGAUGGAGCGGCGGACGCGUCUUGGAUGCGUGUGGAUGCCGCAAGGAGCUGGUCCUGCGCAAUGGUGACGUAGAGAUCUUUGGCCGUAUCGCUGCGCCAGCGACCGAGUCGCUUGAAGAGCCGGUCAGGGAUCCCCAAGUUAGCUGCCGCAGUUGCGGCGCCCUUGCGGAAGGAGUGAGUGCCGAGGUGUCUGUUGUCAAGCCCAGCCUUGGCGAAGGCUUCGGGGCACCAGUUGCGGAUGGUUGUGCAUGACGGAGCGCUGUCGUGAGGGGUUGCCCUGCCGCUGGUGCCGAAGACACGGAUCAAUGGUCCAUGCGGGGUGGUGGGGUGUCCCGCAAGUUGCAGAAACCGUUGGGUGCAACGGACUGGGCAGUAAGGCCGAGUUGUGGGAGCAACUGGGAUCCAUGAGCCCUUGCCGUCUUGAUCCGUCUUGGAGUGCGGGAUUAGGAUCCACAUAGACUCCUCGUCGAAGUGGAUGUCGUUCCACUGGAUGGAGACGAGGUCGGAGUAGCGGAGGAAUGCCGCGAACAUGAGGAGUGGGAUCAGUCCUUUCUGAUAUUCUGCCGGGCUGCUCGACUCAAGGAAGGGGUGUGCCAUGGCGUGCACCUGGUGGAGCGACAAGGGUUCCUUCGUCCUGGUGGUGCACGGGCCGUGGCGUUUGGAGAAUUCACGAACUUGUGAAGUGAAAGGCCCGCUAGUGGGAGAGGGUUCUCCGGUCAUCCGAUGUGCAAAUGCGACGGCGGAGCACGUAAGGGAUAUGGCGGAUACUGUGGCCUGAUUGUUGAGGGCAUAGACAAGGUAGAGCGCUAGAGUGGUGUCUGUGGCAGGCAGGUAGCUCAGCUUGACCUUCGUGCAAAAGGAGCGGAACUUGAGCCAAUACGGCUCGUAGGUCCUUAUGGUGGAUGGCGCGCGGACAUGACUGAUUACCCGAAGUAGCUGUGUCUGUAGUUUUGAUAAUAAGCCUGAAAUACAGAGAGCCCAGGCACGGUGGGGUUAUAUUUUAUAUGGUGUUCUAUUGAAGAAUCCGCAAUUAUACACCCUCUUUUUGAGGGUUCCAGGAGAGCACCCCCCCUUACCAUUUUAGCCCUUCUAAG